GGUUAGGCCUCCCUCAAAUAGUAGCCCCCCUCUUUUGCGCUCUCUCUUUCACUUCCACUGCCAAUUAGUCUUCGAAGCGUGCGGAGUGUCAACAGGAGUAGCGAGCAGCAGUCCGGGCCGCAUCAGGACGCAGCGCCGAAUGGAUUCGGUGGUCGAGGAGGCCUUUGAGGUGCAGGUGCUGCAGCCUUUCCAUGGCUGGACGCUCGAGCGCUUCUGUGACCGCAGUGGCAACACGUAUCACGCACUGACUCGCGUCGCACUGCGCGUUUCGGACCGCGACGACCGCCUCAAUGGCGUCCGGGAGGCUCCUGAGCUUGAGGUGGGCGUGCUACCUUCUUCCGACUGGAUGUGGAGCCACGACUGGAUGCCCGACAGCGACUACACGCAGUGCGACGAGGAAGGAUGGACUUACGGCUCGUCUAUUGAACGCAUCAACUGUCGUCUAGCUGAGGGCACAAGUAAGGUCAAGCGCGGUUACUAUCACUUCCUGAGACGGCGUAGGUGGAUCCGUACGCGCGUACGGACGCCAUUGUCCGCAGUACAAGCCGAUUCGGAGCAGUCAAGACUCAGCACAGCGCCAUCACCGACGUACGAGCGUGAAUCCAGACUGUCCGAUACGCAGGGCCCAAACAGAUACUACCGCGUGUAUCGAGACUCGUUGAAGGCGUAUUUCCAGCUUGGAUCCACGAAAAGAUCGUCGAAUUUCGUGCGUGUGGACUUUACAGACGACGACAUUCAGAAAGAAGGGUGGCUGGGUCUACGGGGAACGCUAUCACGGAGCUGGAAGCUGCGUUACUUUUUAUUGCGAUGGGAUUCCAGCAGUCUUGUGUGUUUAAGAGACCGAGCGUCCAUGAUUCAAGUAAGUGAGGAGCUGAUUGACAGACAUACGACGCUGCUGGUGGAGGAGUCGUCCAAGCCGCGUCAGUUCCAGUUCUCGGUAUGUAAUGGAGAGCGUACGUUACGAUUAAAUGCAGUGGACGGCACAUCCCGGGCUUCCUGGAUCUCAGCGCUCAGUGAGAUGAUUGUACGUAGUCGAGCGUCAUUUUUCGCUGCGGAUGAAUCGGAAAGUGGAUCGAGUACAAGAAGUCGCAGUUUCCGACGCAUGCGCUCAUCUACUGAUGAGGACGGAUCCAUAGUCAGCUCCUCGAUGGUGAACGAAAUGAAUGGAGAAAGUAACGGCGCUAAACAAAAGCACAAUCGUGGAGCAUGGAGACCGUACAAGUUCAUCUCGUCGACGAUGCAGUCCAAACGCAAAACGGACGAAAUCUGCCGUCGUGACUAUGUGAAGCAGUUCACUGGAAUUCUCGACUCGAAAGUUGAGCUGGCUGCCGCCUUUAUAUCCGAGAAUAUUGCUAUCCUGGAGGAAAAUCUAUGCACGGCGCAGGAAUUUCUACCGUCGACGGUGCCUUGUGUACCUAUGAAAGAGAUCCAGAGACUCCGGACUGAAGUGGAUGCAUCUAUCGCAUCAUUUCGAGUAGACGCAAAGGCGACGCUCGAAUCGGAGCGUACCAACGUUCUUGGAUGCAAUAUGCUGCUGAAGGAGCUGUUUUUACUGGUUUGUCGGCUCCGUGAGAGUGUCAUUUCGUUGGCUCCAUCCCAGGAGCAUGCUACGAUCAAGAAGAUUGUGGCCGAGUCGCCUACAAAGCGUCGUAUUCCCUUGGACUGGUUUACGGACGGUGCGUCUUUAGAGAAAGACCAUCAGCAGCCUAGUCUAAGUGACGACAGCGCUCUAUCAACUAACACAUCGAACUCGACCGUGGGGAAACUGGAGUUAUCGUACACAUCGGGAUCUUCUCUUGAGAUCAAGCGGCCAAAUUCGCUCAUUUUCGCGAGGCACGACAAGCGCAGUUCGUCUGUUCCGGAGUCGAAUCGUACCAUCAGCUCUCCUGUGAGCUACAAUAACCACAGUUUACACGCAUCUGAUGCUAUCAGGAUAAAGCCGUACACCGAAAUACCGGCAGGAUUACGUGAGGGCCAUUUCGACCUCCCAAACGGCGUGAAUGGCUACGUGGUGAAGGUUCACGACAAGGACAUUGGCUCGCUAAUCGGCUACACUCUCUGCUCGCCGGCGUAUAUUGAUCAGCUGGAAGCCCAUUUCGAGCAUAAGGUGAAUAUCACUGAAGAACUGCACGCGUCUGAGAACAUGGGCGUGAGUGAAGUGUCCGCUCCGUCACCGCCGAAAAGUGAAGAUGCUCCAGACAUCCCCACAUCGACGGGCGAUGCGUCUCCAAGUUCUAAUGCGACUACUGCCACAAACUCGGUGACUGUGGCUGACAAGAAGCAGGUGAUUUAUUUAAGCAAGUUGCGCUCGACGGACUUGCAGCAUACGUCUAUGAAGUUUUCCUACGCGGUUGGCUCUACGAACCACGAGGUUCGUUGCGUGGCGUAUUUUGCAGCACAGUUCCACGCACUGCGUGCGCUUACCGUUCCGGGGAACGUCGAGUUUUUGAACUCAAUCAUUGAGAGCAAGAGGUGGGAUACCAGUGGAGGCAAGUCGGGCGCGUUCUUUUCGAUGACGCAUGAUAAACGCUACGUGCUCAAGGGAAUCUCCGUGGUCGAGUUCAACAUGUUUGUCCACAUGGCUCCGAAGUACUUUAACUUUAUUUCGCGCGUGGUAGAGGUCCCGAUGCCAACGGUGAUCACGAAAAUCGUCGGUCUAUUCAAGCUCAGCCACAGCCGACGCUUGUUGAAGCACACGGAGUACGUGGUGAUCAUGGAGAACUUUUCGUACGGCUUCCCACCAGGACAAAUGUACGACUUGAAAGGAAUUCUCCGACGUCGAUACUACGCUUCCAGCAGCGACGAGGAAGACCGCCACGAAUCGUUCAACAGCGUUUCAAACGUGCAAGUGUCCAUGAACUUGCCGGUGCUGUUGGAUGGUAACUUUUCCGAGCGCAUGCCGGUUCCAGUAGCUCAACCGGACCUUGAUAUAAUCGAGGCUGCUAUUCAGAGCGACACCGGGUUUUUGUAUCGCGCUGGAGUCAUCGACUACUCGCUGGUGAGUCCUGUUUGCCUUCCCAUCAGACUUGAAGUUACAGUUGAUUACUUCCGGUGCUUACUAACGAUGUGCUGUUCUGGAUCUUUUUAGUUGCUGCGCUUUGACGAGGACAAACGCCAAGUUAUCGUUGGACUGAUUGAUUACUUGCAUCAAUUUGACUUUCUAAAGAAGAUGGAGUCGACGUCCAAGGCGAGCUUGACUUUCCGAGAUCCGACGGUAAUCAGCCCCACUUCAUACCGCCGACGAUUCAUGAAUGCCAUGAACCGAUACUUUGUCGGUAUCGAGAAAGAACUGGAGAUCCGGAUGCGUAAGCGAUGUGGGAAGCCGGGGCUGCGUCCUAGUGUAGCUCUGCCUAAUGCCAGCACCCCGAGUGCUUCAAGUACGACCGCUAAACCGAAGACACGAGCCGACGAAGAAAGACAUGCGGAUGUGGCGGCCCGACUCGCCGACAAUUUAUCCCUUACGAGCGAGUCUUCGUUGUUGUCCCGGCGUCCACCUGCCAAGUCAGAGUACCGCUUACCGCGGCAGGAGAGUGACUGGACAAGCUCCAAGCCGCGAGGACACUCGAUGUCGCACUUAUCGGACCAUGAAGUUCACUGUGAUCGUGUGACACACAGCGAGGGCGAAUGCAAUAGCUCACCGUGCAGCUCAUCGAGCGCAUCAGUCAAAAGCUACCCGGCCACACCACUCCACAACAACAACGUGAUCCUGGAAGAGCACUGCUCAUGACAACACGACGCCCAAAAUGGGCGGAUGUUCAAUUGUUAUUGAUUGACGCGAGACUUGCCUCCUUCGGCGUAUAAGUCGGGUUUUGGUGGGAGGAAGGUCGCGUUGACUGUGUAGUAUGAGAGGAGAGUUACAGGCUCAGAGGUGAUAAUAUAAUCAGCCGUUCGCAACGCA